AUGGGAGCCAAUCGCGCUGCCCUGGCCUCUGCCAAUCAUCGGUCUCCCUCCAAUCCCACCCGCGCACAUUUCCAAACUCUGGUUCCCAACCGCGCCGCUCAAAUGUGCCGAGCGCUCUGCCAAUCGCUGGAGGCCAGAGCGGGGAGCGGAUGGAAUGAGCAGCCGAGUUGGAAAGCGGAGGAGACAAAAGAAGUUAAAGAGCCGCUUAAUCGCUCCAUGUUUGGCAAGGCGGCGGCGCUGGUGACGGUGGCGGCGGCAGCGGGCAGGGGGAGGAAGGCUUCAGCCCCCGCCGGGCUGGCCCAGGCCCGGGCUACCCCGGGGCGGCUCGAUGGGCCAUUGGGCGGCGGCGGCAUGGAGCCCGCGCUGAGUUGCAAGAGGAGUCCCAGCCUGCGCUUGGCCGACUCCUUCGGCGGCGGCGGCUUCCAUCCCUUGCACCCGGGGGACUUGGGCUCUUCGGACCCGGCUGCUACCGCCCCCUUCGGGCCCGAGCACGUGGCGGCGGGGGCUCUCAAGCUCAGCCCAGCCAGUCCCGAAGCGACUUUCGCCGCGGCCGCCUCUUUGCAAUCGGCCGGGAGCGGAGUUAGCGCCAACGGCGCGGCUCCCGCCUCGGCUAGUCAGCCUUACAGGGCGGCGAUCAGGGAGCUGGCGUUGCGACGGGAGCCGGGCUUGCGGGGGGAUCCGCCGCAGCUCCAGCAGCCCCCGGCGGCCGCCAGCUCGCCCAUGUUCAUCUCCUCGGCCGGCACCUACGGCGCCGGCGGGGAUCUCCACGCCGCCGUCUUUCCGGGCCUGCACGAGCAUCCCGCCGGCACCUCUGGCGGGCACCACCCGCUCAACGGCCAGAUGCGCUUGGGGCUGGCCGUGGCUGCCGCCGCCGCCGCCGCGGCGGAGUUUUACGGCCGCAUCGAGCCCUUCCGCCCUUCGCCCGCCGCCGCCGUCGCCGGUUCCGAAGCGUCCUACGGCCCUGCAGCCCACAGCUAUCCGGUCAACUUGGCGGCCGCGGCCGCCGCCGCUUUGCAGCAACAGCAGCAGCAACACCACCACCACGCGCACCCGCCUGCACAUGCGCACCACGCGUCGCCGCCGCCGCAGCAGCCGCACCACGCGGGCGCCGCCCCCGCCGCCCUCCUGCGCUACAUGCGGCAGCCCAUUAAGCAAGAACUGAUCUGCAAGUGGCUGGAGGCCGAGGCGGGCGGCGGCGGCGGCGGCGGCACGCCACCCUGCUCCAAGACCUAUAGCACCAUGCACGAGCUGGUCAACCACGUCACGGUGGAGCACGUCGGGGGGCCUGAGCAGAGCAGCCACGUGUGUUUCUGGGAGGAGUGUCCCCGCCAAGGGAAGCCCUUCAAGGCCAAGUACAAGCUCAUCAACCACAUCCGCGUGCAUACGGGCGAGAAGCCUUUUCCCUGCCCUUUCCCGGGAUGCGGCAAGGUCUUCGCCCGCUCCGAGAACCUCAAGAUCCACAAGCGGACUCAUACAGGGGAGAAGCCUUUUAAAUGCGAGUUUGAUGGCUGCGACAGGAAGUUUGCCAAUAGCAGUGACAGAAAGAAACACUCCCAUGUCCACACCAGUGACAAGCCAUACUUCUGCAAAGUCAGAGGCUGUGAUAAGUCCUACACACAUCCCAGCUCUUUGCGAAAACACAUGAAGAUCCACUGCAAAUCCCCACCACCUUCUCCCACCCCAGGAUCUCAUGGGUACCAGCCCGUGGGGACAACCCUGGGUGCCCCUCUUUCCCCACUCCAGGACUCAGGAAGGGGUCAGCCUACCAGCCUUUCUCCUCAGGUUACCAAUCUCAAUGAAUGGUACGUUUGCCAGGCCAGUGGGGCGGCCAACCACCUCCAUACCCCAUCCAGCAAUGCCACCUCUUCUGAGGAGGAAGAUGAGGAGGAAGAGACCUACGGGAACUCUGAGUCAAGAACUGUUCAUUAG